AUGGAACAUCACAGUCCUGUAAAAACUUUAUGCAUUGGUGGGGGAACACAUGGAAAUGAGCUUCACGGUGUAUACCUGGUGAAAAACUGGUUAAAAGAAAACAAUCAUCAGGAGACCAAAAGAUCAUCUUUUCAAACUCGUGCUGUUGUGAGCAACCCCCAGGCAACAAAGAAGUGUGUGCGUUAUGUUGAUGUCGACCUUAACCGACAAUUCACACGCGAAAACCUCUUUCCAUCUGAAGAUGAAAAGCAAGAUUCUAUUCCUUACGAGGCUCAGCGAGCUAGGGAACUUUAUUCACAAUUUCAAGACAAGACCGGAGGAAAAGGAUUGGAUUUUUGGCUGGAUUUACAUAACGCGACCGCAGAUAUGGGCCCCUGCUUCAUAAUGUCAAACAAGAAUAGCCCUUUUGCUUUGCAUAUCGCGGCUCAAGUACAGGCAGUCUUCCCAGAAAUCCGAAUCCUACAGCUAACAGGUAUUUUCGAGAGUGUUAAUUUUGACAAUGAGCAGAACGGAAAGGAUGUGAAAAACCAAAAUAAUACGGAUAUUUCAGAAUUUCCCACCGGGAGUGUUUCAAAUAUUGCGAAGGAAGGGUUUGCCCUGGAGAUGGGCCCCCUUCCUCAUGGUACUUUUAAUCCAGCAAUGUACAACUUAGCAAAGGAAAUCGUUCUUGGAGUUCUUGAUGCUGUGGAAGAAUUCAAUCAUGGAAAAGAAUUUAAAGAGAAGGAAAUUGAAGUUUUCAGAUUUAAAGGUGUUGUCAACUAUCCUGUUGAUGGAGAAGGUGAUAUUUCUGCCAUGAUUUCUCCUGACAUGGAUGGAAAAAACUGGAAGCCUCUUCACCCAGGAGAUCCUCUCUUUUUGUCCUUUUCUGGCCAAACCAUACCGUUCCAGGGUGAGCAUGUGGUAUGGCCAGUUUUUAUCAGUGAGGCUGCAUAUUUCAGCAGCAAGAUAGCUUUUGCAGUAACCAAGAAGGAGAAGGUUUUUAUUCAAGCACUAAAAGUAAAAAACAACAAGUAAUUGAUCAAUCACUGCGCUUCUUUCUUGCUUCUUUACAAGCUUCUAAUAUCAGUUAUGGUCAUCAUUAGUGGAACAUACAGCCUAAAGAAAAAAAGACAUGAAAACACAAUGUGAAGAUAGAAAUCAGAGAAACCAAAAUCAUGCUUAGUUUCAUAAGCGUAAUAUUGAUUUUAACAAUGCUUUGAUCGUUGAUAAAGGGAAUAGACCUUUUUCGUUAUACCCAGCAUCUUUGCACGCGAUUCAGGAUAGGUGAGAUAAAAGCAAUGUCAAUGUCAAAUUUGUCAAUUCUAGUAAUCAUGGUCAAGUUUGUGCAUUCUUGCAAACAACAAUUUAAUAGUCAUGCAAAAUGUAUGGUACAGACAGGUUUUUUUAUUGCUUGCUGUGCGAACAUCUACAGUUGCUACAGCAUCCAAAAAGGUAUCAAUGGUGAAUUCCACCCAUAACUUGCCAUUAUCUUCUUUAAGACAAAAAGUUGUGUAUUUUCUUCUGUAUAGAAUAAACAAGCUUGACUGUGAUUUCUUAUUUGCCCCCAUGCCAUGUGGCCUCACUUUUAUCCCAUCAGUUCUCAAAAACUGCAUGCAAAGAUGGCGAUUAUUGUAAAUAAGGUCUAUUAUCACAUAAAAAAGUUACUAGAAUCCCCUCAUCUGAGAGGAGGGGGCAGAAUGGGUACUCCUGGGAGUUUCUGAUGAGAGUGUACUGCCCAGUUCUCUUAAAUCCUGACCCUAUUUCAGACCUAAAAAUGUCAUUUACCACGCUAGGUUUCAGACCUGGCCCCUGAAAUCCAUAACCAUUUUCUUACAGAAAUUUUGCCAUCAUUACUUAGAUUAGUUUUAAGAUUUCUCAAAAUCCAUUUCUAUUUCACAUAUUACUCAUUCUUUCCCAUUCACUUGGAAUUGAAACAACAAAUUUGUUCAUACACUCCCUUAGUUUCCUUGAAAACCAUGCAAAUUUCCUCACGGCUGAAAUGGGCAAAGUCUAUACCCGUUAUUGGACUGAAUUGCUACUACAACCAUACCCUAUGGGGCGGCACAUACCUAUUUUCGUUAUAUAAGGGAGUACCCUCCAACUCCAGGGCUGGCACACCAUGAGCAUUUCUAAACUUUACAGCAUGGCCAGUACCUUACACAUACUGGGCACAGCCAUAUCACCCUGGCAGUGGCAGCCAUGGACAGUUGUUAUGCCCUCAUUGGGGUUCACCAGCAUGGCAAAAUGGUCAGACCUUGUUUUUCUUUUUUACUGAUUUAUUUACAGAUCAAGCAAGUUUAACAAUCUACCGUAGAAAUAACGGGCAUUAAAUAUAUAGUUAGGGAUUACAAAUCAGUUUACAUAGGUAUAAAAUAAGUAAUUGCUAUGUUCUCAAGGGAACUGGAAGUGUUCUUUCAGCAAUUGUGGGCUAAUUGACACGCUAUAUUAGUCUUCCAGGUUUUCAGAUAGUGUCAACGCAAAGAAAACUGAGCAGGCAAAAACAGCGAGGGAGUUUGACAUCGCGCCACUGCCCUUUAUCUGAACGCCUGGAACAGUCAGAAUCGUAGCUGAAUAGGCAGACGCUUAGCCUGUUCCAGGCUCCGAGAUAGUUGGGUCCGCAGAAUUGAAGCAGGCUCCGAGAUAGUCCUUUCCGCAAAAUUGAGAAAGCGCGAACACGAAAAUUUUCGCGUGCCUUCACUUAUUCGUCAUCCCAACUAUCUGAGAGCCUGAAACAGGCUAAAAGACCCCCAUAUAUUCCCGACUAAAUCUUUGACCAGGGCAAGGUUGUGCCUCUGUCUCUUACCCCGGCAGGUACUCACGACAGUAUUCUAGGAAAAAGGGCUGUCGUGUUUCACGUACUGAAGGUAUUGAUUGUCCGGGUCGAUGGUAACUUUAUUGAGGAUUUACGAGGGAAUUUUUUAUGUACCUGAUUUGCACGAUCAAUACCCUGCGAGCAGAGGCCCUUCGAUCCUCCUAGAUAAGUCCUUCGUCUUCCUGACUAAUCUAGGAAGAUCGAAGGGCCUCUGCUCGUAGGGUACACGAUCAAAGCCUCUAAUAAGAAAGCGGUCCCACCUUCUUUCGCGAUCGCCGGUUUAAGGCUCCAAAGGGCCUAUAAGUGCACUUUCGUUUUCCAUCGUCACUGAAAUACUGAAGGGUAGGCUCGAUUUCUGCCGCUCUUGGGGCUCGUUUCUUGGAAGUCCCGAUAAUUAACGGGCCCGUAAAGCUGUUAUGGUUUACAUGUAAGAUAGAGGUUUCACUAGUUUUGCAUCUAACAUGAUAAACUAUCAGUUAAUGAAACAAAAUGGAGUAGUUUGCUAGUCAGGGCCCUCGCUCUUCUUCUUUACAUUUCGAUUUGAAUAUUUGAUUUCGGGCCCGAAAAGUUACCGGGACUUUCGAGAAACGGGUCCCAGAUCUUGUUCCCGAACAUCGCGGCUAAUAAUCGAACCUAACGUGAGUGUCAAUUUCAGCAAUCCUGUAUAGCCUGUGAACAGGUUCUUAAGUGAAGCGGGCAGGCUAGCAGUCCUGUGACUAACACACUGAUAUACUCAGUUGAGGAAUCUUUGAAUAUACUCUGAAAACUUCUUUUUAAUGAGGGAACUUGCGAAAACAGUGGAAGGACUCGAUCAACAAACGGUUUUUUCGUAUUUCAAUGAUCUUUUUUACCUUCCACUCCGGGAAACAGUUUUGUUACUGCCUCCUCCCACCCACUACCUUUUGAUAAAAGAUACGGUUACAGACUUGUUUCCCGGCUUUCCCUGGUUCUCAGCACAAGAUUUGUAAGUAACGCAGGCGUAAUUAUCAUUCUUAAGAUCGUGGCGUCGCUUUAUCUUUGUCGGCUCUAUGAGGCUCAGAACAAGGCUUCGGCACCCGUUGUGGUUAUUCAGGGGCGGCAGCGGCGGUUGGUUCAAUCUUGGCUUCUUUUCUUUGAGGCCAAUUGAACACGUUCUAAAUCUUGGCUUUACGCGGCCGCGAACUUGACACAUUCACGAAGAAAAAUAUUCUCGUUUCGGCGGUAAACCGUUGUAAGAAACUCCCUGCGGUAUUUUUUUAGUCGCGUUUCUCCCGGAAAUGACAAAGCAAACUAUUCCCCCCUUUACGGCUUUCAAAGGGGUUUGAAUUUUUUCGUUAGAGUUAUUCUUAUUUUCGAAAUGCAUGAGCAUAUGUAGAUUUACAACAUACCGGAGUUUCUCAUGCUAAAGCAGCUAGAGGUUCGAUCAGCCAGAACAGAGAGCGUCCUUUAGUCUGUGAGGAGAUUCUUAUUGCUUCUAUUCCCACAAGAGGUCAAGAAUAAAUAUAUAUGGUAAAUUAAAAAAUUUUCUAGGGAUAAUUAUCCGAUCUAUACCGGCAGUAUUCUCUCUGUUUUUGUUAUUGUUGCUAUUGUUUUUAGAAUACACAUAAAUACCGACAAAUCUCUAGCCCUCAGUCGAUCAAUUGCUUAGAAACCCCCUUGUCAACCGAAAAAGAGCUGUGCUUGCAUCCACGCAGCCGUAGAACGCCAGUGAUCAAGUUCCAGCACGAUUUAUUUAACCUGGACCCGUGGGGGGGGGGGGGGGGGGUCCCCCGGGGAAUUUUUUGGUGUUUUGUCCCGCGGUUCCCCAAACCCCAGGCCCCCUUUUUCACACAAAAAAAUUUAUUUUUUCACCCCCUUUUUUUGGCCCCCUUUUAAAACCCCCACUCUUUUUAAAACUCACUCCAUAAGCAGAUCCUAUACAAUCAUACUUACAACCUUAACAGACAGCCCCACCCACCUACACCUCUGAUACAACCGUCAGCGGGUAACUCCCUGGUUCGUCCGAAAAAGAGCUGUCCUGGCCUCCACGACGCCGUAUACCGCCAGUGAUGAAGUUCCAGCACGAUUUAUUUAGCGUGGUGCCGGGGGGGCGGGGGGGGGGUACUCCUGGGAAUUUUUGGUGAGUGUGUCGCGCGGUUCUCCAAAUCCCAGUGACCCUAUUUCAGACCAAAAAAUGUCAUUUUUCACGCCCGUUUUCUGGCCUGCCUUUAAAAUCCCUACUCGUUUUCAGACCUGACCUCUAACAGGAGUCCAUGAAAUUAUGCCUCAUUACCUAAAGUUAGACACCAACAAAGAAGAUUUCUUAAGUCCAUUUCGCCGAGAUUCGUGUAUUUCCCUUUCUUUCUUGUUCAUUUGGGAAAGGAACGAUAAAUACGUUCAUACACUCCAGUAGUUCCCUCGAAAAUCAUACCCGAUUCCAGACCGAAAUGGGCGAAGUCUAUACCCGUUUUCAAACCAAAACAGCGCAAGAACCCUACUCCCUGGGAACCUGGACUGGGUUGUACAAUGCCGGGUUACAACCCAUGGUCAGUGGAUGGUUAGUGGGUAAUUUGAAUUCAGAUAUUAAAGUUUCCGUUUCCGCGUUUCUCUCGCGUCUAAAACUCCCUUUCCCUUUCAAACGCAUGCCACGCAGGCUAACUCUAAAAAGAUCAAAGACUGAAUUAUCCGACAAAAUGCUCUAGAGCACAAGAGAAAGAAACCCGGAUACAAAAAUUUAACCCAUGGUUCGCGCUAGCGACCUUCAAUUAAGUGGGCUAUCAAAAAACCCCGGGGAUACUCCUCGGAAUUCUUGGUGGGUGUGUGCCGCCCGGGUCUUCACUGAGUGAUCCAUUUCGAAUUCGCAUAUGUUCCUUUCUUUCUUACUAAUUUGGAAUUAAAACGAUAAAGACGUUCAUACAAUCCCGUAGUUCCCUCAAAAACCAUACUCGAUUCCAGACCAAAAUGGUCAAGUGUAUACCCGUUUUCAGGCCAAAACGGCGCAAAAACCCUACCCGAUGGGGCGGCACAUACCUGUAUAGCUUAUAUAAGGGAGUACCCCCGCCCCCCGGGCAAAAAAUGAGGAAUAUUUUUAAUACCUGGUUUUAUAAAACUGCCUCUAAUUUUAGGAAGUUUUUUUCGAGGAACUGGUCAAAAGCGAAAGCCUGAAAGCGUACCGAGAAUGUCGAAAUGAAUAGGCCACUUGCACUAAGAGGUCACGUGACCAAUGCCUCCUUUAAACAAUGAGUUGGAAUCUUGCUGAUGCCAAAAAUUGUUAGAGCACACAAAAAUUAUCUUACAGCCAAAAUUUGAGAGGAAACGCAUUUAAGGGAGAUAUUUUGUGGCACUUUGAUUUUUCAGCAAAGUAGUAUGAUUUGUAUUGGCCGCCAUCAGGAGUCCUGCCGCCAUGUUGGAGGGCAUGCUGUUGCCCUCCAACAUGGCGGCCAAAACUACUUCUUGCUUAUAUCUUGUUCAACGUUUCAUAGUUACGCUCAAAUGUGCUGUAAACGUUAUCACAUUAUCUUUCCAACAUUUUCCUUGAAGUUUAAGUGCAAAAUUUGUGUUCAGAGAGAGGUAAUUCGUAAUUUUAAAAAUCACAUUUUGGUCACGUGACCAUUUACGAACUUAUUCAUUUUAAGAAAAUGGUGCGGGUUUGAAAACCAAAUCACCAUUAUUUUGUUUAAGAUAUGACCCGCUAAUCGUUUUUCGAAGGCAAAAUCAUAUAACUUUCAUUUUCAUAAAAACGUUGUCACAUGCCUCUUAAAGCAAAUGGCCUAUUCUAGCCUGCGCAGCAAACAGUUUUGCCUGAGUCAGGAACCUAUGACCUGCCAGAGUGAAUUUCAAUAAUUCUUUUCGACCAAGAAGACACGAGUAGACCUUUAACUUUUUUACCUUAACUUUCCUUUUAGAUUUUCGACUUAACUAAGAAGCUCCAUAUACGUUGUCCGGCUUAGCCUGUGAAUACAGCCGUCUCGCUUCUGUCCUAGCCGCUCUCUCUCGAAACGUCCCGAGCGGCGCGCGAGGAGGGAGCGAGGAGAAACGUUUGUUCGCAGGCCAGUCAUGUCUGACUUCCCAUAAUACUUUUCGGUAUUGUUUUGCAGCAAAAUUUAUGCCUUUUCCACCUCGUCUCCAGGGCGCUUUUCCCUGGCUUUGGAGGUGGGGCGGUGUCGCGGGAAAAAAGGCAGGGAAAAGCGCUCUGGGGAAGAGGUUGAUGAGUUUUAGCUGCUAAAAAAUAACAAAAUGUACUUUCAGAUUGAAAACAACACUUUCCAUAAUUUUUUUAGCUAGACUUGAGAAGAUUGCAUUACGUUCCCCUCUUACGCCAUUGCCUCAAUAGCCUGUGUGCAGACGUCUGUGCACAGGCUAUUGCCGCAAGGGCGGUAAUGUUGCUUCCAGCUAAAACUGAAAACAAAUUAAGGCGCUUGCACUAGAGGAUUAAUAACUGUUUUUAUGCAUCCUAGCUUGGAAAUGUAUUUUUCUGCUGAAUUUUGUUAUAUUCAUCAGAUCAACCAUUACCAUAUUUGGACAUCAAGGUCGAGCGGGAAGGUAGCAUCUUGCGAAAUCUUAUGAUUGGCUCCUGAUCAAAAGCUACCAUCUGAUUGGCUGUUCCAGUUUCAAAUUGAGUUGCUAAAUUUUGGCGCUCCUCACUUAUCGUUUGUUGGCGCGUCACACAAAUUUCCAAAGAGACGAUCGAAAUGGUAGGUUGAUUGAAUAUGUGAAUCCGCUUCCAUCCGCCUAAUUCGAACCAAUUUCAUCAUAUUUUUCUCCAGAAAAUGAGCUCCACUUCCUUUUAAGCUAAUUGAACAUAAAUUCAAACUAGUAGCGUCUUUCGCGUCUCAUAUUUUUAGCGCUAACUUCGACUAUUCUGUCGGGUUCGUAGGCAGGCGGAAAAGCUGGUAAAGAUUCAAAGGCAAAGGCAAAAGCCGUGUCGCGCUCAGCAAGAGCAGGACUCCAGGUAAAGUAGCGUUUUGGUUGUACAGCUUUAAAAAAUAUUUUAUGCAGAGUUUUUCGCAGACAUAGCUGUAUUUCUGACUCUAUUCGUUGUGUUGCAGUUCCCAGUAGGUCGAAUUCACAGACAUUUGAAGAACCGAACUACGAGUCAUGGUCGUGUAGGAGCUACAGCGGCUGUUUACAGCGCGGCAAUUCUCGAGUAUUUAACGGCUGAGGUGGGUUUCGCAGGUUGUUGUUGAGUUGACUAAAUAAAAUGGCCUUAAGUCGUUUUCUAGAGCGAAAACUUCAUUCCUUUGUAAUUUAUUUUGGGCGGUUAAGUUUAGAGUUUGAGCAAAACUCUUAACGUACUUUCUGUCUUCCACUCUCCAAAACUUCUCUCUUCUUCGGUCACAGUGACAGAAAGUAUGUAUCUACUUUUAUCAACGAUGUCCAAAUCUUGAAUAAUUGAGAAGGAUUUUGCGAUAGCAAUUGUUUUGCUUCUAACGGCAGUUCCCGCCAUAUUUAAAAUUUGCAAAUGGCGUCCUUUUCAAGCUUUUGUUUGAAGAGCAAGCUUUGUUGCUAAAUUUUGUGAACUUUCCCGAUCCUUUUCUUACAAUUAAGCUCAUCUUGUUUGCAACAGUAUUUCAUUUGUUGAAACUGAAUAACUUAUGCUGUAGAAGCUAGAUAUUUCGUUUCUCUGUUUAAUAUCUUUCUGGGCUUACAUGUGUGUCUUUCCAAACAUAGGUGCUCGAGUUAGCUGGAAAUGCUUCUAAAGAUCUAAAGGUGAAACGUAUUACACCACGCCAUCUUCAACUCGCAAUUCGAGGUGACGAAGAACUUGACUCGCUAAUCAAAGCAACGAUCGCCGGUGGAGGUAAGAAUUGGUCGUUAAUUGUGUAGUUCUUCAAUUUGGAAAUCCUUCCACGGUUAAAAUUUUAUACAAGGCACAGUGUGUAAUGAUAAAUCUUGCUGCUUCUUUUCUUGAUUCUUUCUUUGUGUUCCUUUCUUGAUAAUGUUAAUUGAAUUGAGUGGUAAUUCAUAGUUGUUUGCGACAGUCUUUCUGUGAUCAGAUUUCCAGCGUUUGAAACUUCUCCAUACCGCCAUAAAAUUGCUUUGUGUUGGCGCUGCAAAAGCGCCUAGUCUUUUUCCAUCUGCUGCUUCGAUAAUGGCAUUGUUUACCGGCUUGAAUAGCAUAAAAUUCGCCUUGUUUGGAUUUUCGUAGUAGCUUUCUUGUAUACUUUUUUCCGGUAGUUACAGUGUCCUAAAAGCUUUAGUUUUCUUUGUUCUGCAUUUGUAUAGAUGCUUUGCAGAAAUUCGAUUUUAAACACUUGCUGUACAAUGUUGAACUUGAUACAAUGCAAGCGUGUCAGUAAUAGGGUAAAUGGUGAUGACAGCAGUAAGGGCCCAAGCAACCUUACUGCAAAAUUGUCUGUCAUUCUUUUUUUCAUAAUUCUUUUCCUUUUUCAACAGGUGUUAUCCCACAUAUUCACAAGAGUUUAAUUGGCAAGAAAGGAGCCAAUAAGCCAACAUAA